AUGCCACGAGAAGCUUUGUGGGGGUUUCUUUGUGGGCUGGUCCUUGCAUAUCUCUUUAUCGCUCUUUUAUCACUGUAUGUAGUUUGGAAAAGGCUAGCGCUUCGGGAGAAAACGUCUAAGGAGCGAGAGAGGGUGGCGAUAUCAAUCUUGUACCGAUACAGAGAGGAACAUCUUGAGACAUUUCUCCGGCACAUGCAUCCAUUUCUUAAGCGUCAGCAAGUCGAUUAUUCCAUUUUCGUCAUUGAGCAGCAAGGUGAGCCCAAGUUCUGCAGAGGGCUGCUCUUCAACAUCGGGUUUUUUGAAGUGAUGAAAGACGACACCUACGAUUGAUUCAUCUUCCAUGAUGUAGACUUGAUUCCAGAAGACGACAGAAUCAAAUACUCGUGUAGCGGCUCUCCGAGGCACUUAUCCGUAGGUGUGGUCAAGUUCGGCUACAGGAUUUUCAUAUUAUACUACGGACACCUCAUCCACGUGUGUGUUGGGGUCACAGCGUUCUCGACUUCACAUUUCAAACUCGUGAACGGGUUUUCCAACUUGUUCCGGGGAUGGGGCGCGGAGGAUGACGAUAUGUUUCUGCGACUCAAGGCCUUGGAUAUCUCUCGCCAGGAUGGGAGAGUUGCCAGGUAUAGAUCGUUACCUCACGAGCAGGCCGAGAAAAAUGAGUCAAACUACCUGCUUCUGGAGGAUUCACAGACGAGAUAUCUACAGGAUGGGCUGAACAGUUAA